UAUUACCUGAUCUGUUCAGAGUCUGUGCAGCUUGUGGAUGGAGAUGGUCUCUGCUCUGGGAGACUGGAGGUGAAGUCCAAUCAGUCCUGGGCCUCAGUGUGUGAAGCUGACUUUGACCAGCAGGAUGCAGAGGUAGUCUGUGGGGAGCUUGGCUGUGGGGCUCCUGCAGCUCUACAGGGGGGGCUCUAUGGAGAAGGUGAGGGUCAGACCUGGGAUAAAGAGUUCCAGUGUAAAGGCAAUGAGUCCCUUCUCCUGGACUGUGACACCUCAGACAGAAAAAACAACACCUGCCUACCUGGUAAUGCUGUUGGACUCACCUGCUCAGAGCCUGAUGAUGUGAGGCUGGUGGGAGGAGGCAGUCGCUGUGCUGGUGGAGUGGAGUGGUACGACCAGGGAGAGUGGAGGACUGUGGGAGCUGAAGACGGGAACAAGGAGGCUGUAGCUGCAGUAGUGUGUAGACAGCUGGGUUGUGGCUCCACUGUUUCAGUUCUACCUGGAAACACCACUAGAGGGUUUGGAGUUGAAUGUUCUGGGUCUGAGCCUUCACUGAGGGAGUGUUGGAGAACACAUGAUCUCUUUCCUGUAGUCACAGUGAUCUGCUCAGAUCUCCUGGUCCAGCCUGAUAUCUUCCUGACUGACUCAAUGGGAGGGAUCUCCAGGGGCCACCAGGGGCCUGAAGUGUUUAGGGGCGACAACUUCACCAUCACCUGCUCCACUCAGCCACAGUACCCAGGAGGCUCCUUCCUCCUCACGUUCACCGGCUCCAACAGAACCCAGACCCAGCCAGCUGUCAAUCACUCUGCUGCCUUCCUCUUCCCUGCUGCAGAUUACUCCCACCAAGGGAACUACAGCUGUGUUUAUGACAAUUAUGUUUUCUCUCAUAACUUCUCCUCUGAGAGUGAGCUCCUCAACCUCACCGUCACAGCCUCUCCUCUGCCAGCCUUCAUCAUCAGACACGUUGUAGUGCUGCUGAUCCUACUGACAGCCAUCACCACCAUCUACCUGUACUACAAGACCACCAGGAGGCAGAAGAGAGUGAACAGGGUGAGCACCGUGGAUCUUUAUGUUGAUGCCAAUGCCAUGGAGAUGGUCUCUCUGAGCUCCAGAGCUGAAGCUGGACCGGGAGAGGAGAGAGCAGCCCAGGGGACUGAGUAGGAGUAGAAUGACGCUGACCCUACAUGCUGAUCUUAGACCACCAGGAGGCAGAAGAGAGUGAACAGGGUGAGCAGCAUGGAUCUUUAUGUUGAUGCCAAUGCCAUGGAGAUGGUCUCUCUGAGCUCCAGAGCUGAAGCUGGACCGGGAGAGGAGAGAGCAGCCCAGGGGACUGAGUAGGAGUAGAAUGAUGCUGACCCUACAUGCUGAUCUUAGGUCAGUUUUGUGUUUUAAAUCUAUGGUCAGCAGUGGACUGGUGUUUAAAAUGUGGGGACAAACCUUAAGUUGUUCUAAUUUUAAUAACAAGUUCAGAAUUAGUUUAUCUUUCUAGAACCUUGGAAGAAAUCUAAAAGGAGUGACUGCAACC